AUGACUGUCAAGGAGGGAGACGGCUCCAAUCUUAUGAAUGUCACUGCUGACAUUGUAGUUGUGGGCGGGGGUUUUGGAGGCUGCUACGCCCUCUCUCAACUGAGAAAGAGCGGCUACACUGUGAAGUUGCUUGAAGCUGGAAGUGACUUUGGAGGUGUCUGGCAUUUCAACAGAUAUCCCGGAGCCCGCGUUGAUUCGGAAGUUCCUCUAUACCAGCUGAGUCUGCCACAAGCAUGGCGUUCCUUCGUCUUUGGCGAACGCUUCCCAGGACAUGUCGAACUUCGCCAGUACUUCGAACAUCUAUCUGAUGCUCUCGACUUGAGGAAAGACGCGAUAUUCAACUGCAGGGUCUCCGCAGCUCGGUACGAUCCCGACACUCGGAGAUGGAUUCUACGCUCUCAAGGGGGUCUCACGGCCGACUGCCGAUUCGUCAUCUUUGCCACGGGAACCACCAACAAAGCCUACAUCCCGCCGUUUGCCGGUCUCGACAAUUUCAAGGGCAAGGUCAUCCACCCAGCCGCCUGGCCUGAGGAACUAGAUAUCAAGGGUAAAAAGGUUGGCCUUGUUGGCCAGGGCGCAUCCGGCCUACAGAUCCUACAAGAGAUCGCCAAGAAGGACUGCGACGUCAAGGUUUUCGUCCGGAGCCCGCCCACGGCUUUGCCUAUGGAACAACGCUCGUUAACGAUGAGAGAAGCCGAGGAGCAAAAGAAUACUUACGCGGCACUGUUUAACUAUGCCAAAUUUUACCAUUCUUCUGGCUACGCACACAAUCCCAGUCCCAAAUCAUUCUACGAGGCAACUCCCGAGGAGCGUCAAGAGCUAUACGAGGAACUCUGGAGAAGAGGGAGCUACGCACUAACGACAUCUGGCUUUUCUGAAAUGAGCUACGACCCGGCAGCCAACGCUGAGUUGUAUCAAUUUUGGGCCGGGAAGGUUAGGGCCAUGAUUACUGAUCCCGUCAAGCGGGAGAUCAUGGCUCCCUUAAAACAGUUCCAGUGGAUCGGGACAAAGCGGCCGAAUCUCUUUAUCGAUUACUACGAGAUGAUUGAUCGGCCCAACGUUGAGCUUAUCAGUCUCAAAGAGAACACGAUUGAGAAGUUCGUCGAAGAAGGGGUCGUCGUCGCUGGCCCCAGAGGUGCUCAAACUCUUGACCUCGAUAUCGUCAUCGUAGCGACCGGAUAUGAUUCAGUAACCGGAAGCUUGUACGAUAUGAACAUUGCGGGCCGGGAUGGCUUUCCACUCCAGCGCCGCUGGGCGAAUGGCAUCAACACCUACCUGGGCAUGCUGGCUCCCGGUCUCCCCAAUGCGUUCAUGUUAUAUGGACCUCAGGCUCCAUCGGGGCUGGCUAAUGGACCGCCUUUUCUCGAACUCCAGGUGGACUGGGUGGUAGAGUUCCUUCGGAAAUUCGAGAAGGAAGGCGUUCGAUCCUUCGAGGUCAAAACAGACGCCGCCGAGCGAUACCGCAAAGAUAAUUUGGAUACUUACAACAUGCUAUUGCUCAAAGACACUCCUUCCUGGUGGAACGGCUCCAACAUCCCUGGGAAAGUCAAAGAACCUUUAUUCUGGGUAAAGGGUAUGCAGGCCUGGAGGCAAGAGACCGAGAGAGCACUGGAGGACUGGUCUCGAUUUGUUUUAGACUGA